AUGCGACUCUCAAUCCGAGAACAGCUGGCAACACUCGUCAUACUCACAGUUCUCCUCGCCCUCGCCAUUGUGUCUGUUCCCACAUGGUUCUUUGUCCAUACCUUCGUCACCGGGGUUGCGUCGAGCGGCCUUUCCUUGACCGCCUCUCUCAAGGCGGCAAGGAUUGAUUCCGGGCUCGAGUUGUUGCAGACAAUCAGUCAGACGGUGGCAACUCGUGUCUUGCUCCAGCAGGCAUUCGUCAACUUUUACAAUAAUAACGACACGGAUCCAUUUGACACCGCCCGUACCGACUUGGCUAGUGCCAUGAGCACCAACCGGUUCACCGGCCUCCUCCAGGCUAGAUUAUAUUCUAGAAACGAGACGGGGGCCCAUCCCACCGGUCUUCUCAACGUCACUGGCAGCGGCGUCGGUACCGAGACUGACAAUAUACAGUUGCCGUAUUUGACCCCCAAUGGAUCCAGAGUGAACCUCAGCGACACAGCCUUUGGCUACCCGCCGUCCCUGUAUCCGAAUAUUACAUAUCGGAGACUGGGCUAUCCGAAUCCAUACCAGCCCUCCACCCCAGCCUUCGGUGCCUAUGCCUUCCCGGGCGUCGCAAUAAGCGACAAUGACGGCCUUCUUCUCGGGCCCUUGAUGAUUAACGAGUCCUUUGCCCUCAUGUCCAUUACCGUUCCUGUCCGAUCGCUCAGCGUGCAAAACUUUAUUCUUGGCUACAUGACGCUCAUUGUUUCUGCUGGAUCCCUCUUCGACGUUCAGACGACUCGUGAGGGUCUGGGAUCGACAGGCAUGGUUCUGCUCGUCGGGCCAACCCAUCCAUCUAACCAUUUCCUGGCCCCCAUUUUCCUUUCUAAUAGCACCUACUCACCCCCAGCCAAUGCCUUGGCACCCUCAACUGUGAAAUUCGUCCUCCCUGUUAUUCCCAUUGCCGGACAAACCGACCGCCAUGGCAAGCGAGACUACGCCACCGGCGACUUCUAUAGCCCGUUUACGCUUGCACAAUACCCAGCGGUGCUCAACGACUAUGCCAAGCAUAAUUCGCAGCCGAAUAACGCCAGAGCACUACUGUCGACAAGGAACGAGCAAGACGUGUCGGUCGCGGUUGGUGUCGCCCGACCUAGUUCAGCCCUGGUUGACUGGGCCAUCGUGGUAGAGCAAGCCGAUGGCGAAGCCUAUGCGCCAAUCAGUACUCUGAGACAGAUUCUGCUCGGCUGUGUGUUUGGCACGGCCGCAUUGAUAUUGCUCCUCGUCAUCCCAUGUGCGCACCUCAGCGUUGGCCCCAUCAGACGACUCAAGAUGGCGACAGAAAAGUCCAUCUCCCCGCCUGGAUACGAGGAGGAGUAUGAGGAGUAUGAUGAGCAAAGUCCGAGUUCAGGCGGCACGGGGUCGUCUGGCUCGAUCAAGGGCCUCUUUGCCAAUUUACGUCGCAAGUUCAGGAAGAGACGACGAGCAAUGACACAGGCUGAAAUUGACAACCAUCGUCGAAUAUUCAAGAUUCCGGGGCGAGUUGAAGAUCGAAAACACUUUGUCACCGACGAGCUUACGGAGCUUACGCAAGUGUACAAUGAAAUGACGGAUGAGCUCGUGAAGCAGUACACUUCUCUCGAUGAAAAAGUCGCUGAAAGGACUCGCGAACUCGAAAUAAGUAAAAGGGCAGCCGAGGCCGCCAACGAGAGCAAAACAUUAUUCAUUGCAAACAUUUCACACGAGCUCAAGACGCCGUUGAAUGGCAUUAUGGGCAUAUGCGCUGUUUGCAUGGAAGACGACGAUAUUGGGCACAUUAAGCAGUCGCUGAAGACUCUUUACAGAUCGGGCGACUUGCUACUCCACCUUCUGGAAGAUCUUUUAAGCUUCUCCAAGAACCAAAUCAACCAUCAAAUUAGACUCGAAGACAGAGAGUUCCGCCUAGGUGAUAUUCACUCACAAAUUAUAUCCAUUUUCGACACGCAGGUCCGCGAGAGCAACAUCACGUUUGAAGUAACAUUUCUUGGCUUCGAAUGCGACGAAAAGCUCUUGAGAUCAGAGCAGGAAGGUACCGCCAUGAAACUCCCCGCUCUAGGACCGCCAGGAAUGGGCCGGCUCAAAGACGUGUAUCUAUGGGGCGAUCAACAUCGAAUCCUACAAGUCAUUAUCAAUUUGGUCAGCAAUAGUUUGAAAUUCACACCGGCUGGAGGCAGGGUCGAAGUCCGCAUACGCUGCCUCGGCGAGAUUGAGCGAAACAGCAACGAAGAAAGGUCACACAGGAACGGCUCCGCCCAAAGUGGACGAAACCGGCACAGGAUGAGCUCAGGCUCUGCACAGUCGUCUAUUUCCAAGGCGACGACUCACACCUCGGCGCUCCAGGACAGUUCUACCACGGCUGUAUCAAGCCACAAGGGUCCCAAGGCAAAUGCUCACGUCCAUGUGCGGGAACGAUCCCCAACGCCGCCUCGGCUCCAUACCAAGCUGUACAUGUUUGAGUUUGAGGUUCAGGACACCGGAAGCGGAAUCCCCGAGGCAAUGCAGGGGAAAGUCUUUGAGCCCUUUGUACAGGUCGAUUCUAGCCUGAGCAAGAAAUUCGGAGGAACCGGUCUCGGACUGAGCAUAUGCUCGCAGCUUGCCAAGCUGAUGAAUGGCUCUAUUAGCGUCACUAGUACGGAGGGCGUGGGAUCAACGUUUUCCUUGCGAAUCCCGCUCAAGCAUGUCCAAGACCGUGUUCCAAGCACUGCACCCGGCAGCACUCACUCCAGGCCCCCGAGCGUUGGGUCCAUUGUCGGCGAUGCCCACCGCAAUUCACUCAACGGCGGCAUCGUCGACCCCGAACAAGACGCUAAAAAGAAGGACGUUUCUUCUGUUAGGGAAGACUGCCAACCUCGACUGGUUGGUCUCAGCACUCCCUUUUUCGCCCCUACGCCGCCGCGCACCAGUGAGGACCGGCAAAAGGCAGCGAUCCAACAGGUCAGGGCCGACAAAGCGGGCCGGGGCGAACUGCGGGUUCUGGUUGCCGACGACAAUUCAACCAACAUUGAGGUAGUCAGCAGGAUGCUCAAGCUCGAGAAGGUGAACAAUGUCACGAUAGCAAAGGAUGGCCAAGAGGCGUACGAGCUCGUCAAGGCGAAUAUGGAAGAGGACCAGCCAUUCGAUCUGAUCUUUAUGGAUAUCCAGAUGCCCAAUCUCGAUGGGCUGCAAUCCACCCGUCUGAUUCGCAAGAUGGGUUACGUGGCGCCGAUUGUUGCACUCACUGCCUUUUCGGAAGAGAGCAAUGUCAAGGAAUGCAUGGAGUCGGGCAUGGAUGAGUUCCUGAGCAAGCCGAUUCGCCGACCUGCGCUGAAAAACGUACUCACUAAAUUUGCAACCAUCCCGGAAGAGAUGGAAGGGGCUGCGUAA